AUGGCGGAGCCGGGGGGACAGAGCAGCACCCAGGCUCCACCACCACCGUCGCAACGCCCGCAGCCGCAGGGGUGGCCGGAGGAGGCACUGCAGUCUUUACCGCAGCAUCAGGUGACGCCACCGCCACCACCACCACCGCAGCCAGGGCCGCAGACCCCGCUCCUGCCACCGAGAGCAUCCUCGGCGGGAGGGCCCCAGCAGAUGACUGGGGAAUCUUCCGUGGGAAGGGAGGAUCCUGUGACAGUUCAUGUCCUAACCUCGUUGGUGUGUGGCAGGACCCUUUUCCCAGCCACGUCCUCCGCACCCUCUGGCGAAUCACCGGCCGGGGGGUCCGGCCCCCAGCCAGCUCCAUCCUCCUCUAUUGGGAAGUUGGCGACAGCACCAGCAAGGCCACCGUCCCCGCCCGCUCCAGCGGAGGUCCGAGCCGAAGCCCCGGAGGCCGAAGCCGUAACCCCAAAGGAGGCAGCUCGACCUGUCGCGACGGCCGAAGAGCCAGCUGCAGCGGCUGUGCCUGACGCCACGGUGGAGGCCCCUUCUGCAGAGCCGGCUGCGGAGGAGGUUGUGGCGACGGUGGAGGCAGCCGCACCGGAGAUCGCGGAGGUCCCGAGCUCCGACCCGCAGCCCGCGCAGGAGGACGUGCCGAAAGUGGUGUACAGGAGGCACCUCCUCCCGAAGCCAGUAAAGGUCCCGUUCUCCCGCCUCAUGGUUAAGGGCCAACGGGUGAUGGAGAAGAUCGAGGAGGGCCUUCGGCAGGAGUGGGAGGAGCUAGAGGCGGAAAGCCUCUGGCUCUCCUACUGGGAAUUCUGCCUGGGGGAGCGCAUCGAGGCGGUCACCUCCCGCCACGCCGAGGAGCGAGCCCAGCUCGAGCAGGAGCGCGAUGACCUGUAG